AUGGACCGCCGAGUCAAAACGCGAGGAUUAGCCUCCUUUGUCAGAACAACGGGGAACAAUUUUGUUUCCAAAUUGCGCCAUGGUCAUUCUCAUCAUCAAACAGCACCUGCAGCCUCUUCCCAUCCAUCGAUAUUGUCCGAUCCUCUACCUUUCGAAGUUCCCAAGGGCUGCAUUACCGAUGGUACAAAACUUCGGUUUGCAGAUACUCGGGAUCCAUACCUUCCUGCCAUCUAUGAGGUGAAGUCGCAUCCCCGUAUUCCCAAAGAUCUGGCAAGCAACACCAUCAAACGGAUACUCGUUGUCCCCUGGCCAAAAGGCAAUGCACCUUAUCUCAAAUUCUAUUUUAAUUACUGCAAGGCCAACGUUCCUAUUCCAGGCGGUCGCAACGCAACGAUCCCUAGUUGGGGAAAACUUGAAGCGGGAGAUAUUGUUUUUGUUCGAGAUAUAGCAGGGUCUGGAGAUGGAAUAGAUGACUCUUUUGAGGUCUUCGUGGGGGACAUAGACGAAGAUAGCGAAGAUGGAAAACUCAUCAAAGCCCUCCGAGAUGAAACGCUUGGACCCAAGGAAGAUCGAUCCGCAAACUUUGGUACUGCUUUUGAGCAAUGUACGAAGCGCGCCAAUCCAGUUGGUGGCUCCGGACGUUGCUACGGCUGUGGUUUAAGCCAUCAAAAACCAAGAAACCUCGUUACCCCUGCAGUUGGAGGCAAGAUUCCUAUCCGGGUUGCAACAAAGUUUUUCCGACGUUUACUGCCUGCGGAAUACAAAUGUUUGGAAACUGCUUGCGAUUUGAAUAACGUGCCUCGUAUUGGUACGGAUGACAACGUACUCUAUCAGGGAGUCCAGCUCAACCUUUCGGACCCUGUAUAUGAUACCGGUGUCAUAAAUUUCAUUAAAGCCCUUGCGUUUUUUGGUGGAAAGCAUUUCGACAAGCACGACUCUCCCGGCGGCUGGACCACGAUGUUUUCCUAUCCAGACAUGCCAAUUGGGAAUGGAUGGGAAGGCGGGCGAUUCCACCUUGUAGAGCUUGGGCUAUAUGCUGAGCUUGAUGGUCUAAAGUCUAUAACCUUUACCGGACUUCGCUUGCAUGGCGGUACUCCUCCCCUUGCUCCUGCAGGAACUCCAAUCCCGCCUUGGGCCUAUCGAUGGGUGGUGGUGCUAUAUCCUCAGGGUGCUAUUCUCGACGGAAAAGCAACCGUAAACGUAGCAGCAACUUCCAAGGGGUUUCCUGUUCAGGUAAUACCUGCAAUGUUGGACGCAAUGGCUCCAGAACCUGAAAUCGAAAACAACAACGGAUCAAUGGUUGAAGAGGACGAACCAGAACCGCUUAGGAUGUCAGCCAGGGAGCUCAACUUCCUGGACGAUGGAAAAAUUGUUAUGACGCCUCAAGCCGAAAUCGAUUUUCUGGCUCGAUCUUUCUUUUUGCAUACAUUGUAUAAUCAGAAAGAAAUUUCAGGAGGUAGUCUGAUGAAAUAUGAGACUUACCGGCAUGGGUGGUCCAUAAAACGGGAUGAUGAUAUUAUAUACUAUGCUGGUCCUUGGGAUUUAGCUCCAGGAAAUUCAGAUGCAUCGCUGCGUCAAACCGCACAAGUACAAUGGGCUCAACAUUGCAAGCGGAGACUUGAAAUAAUACCCUCUGCUUCGCGUAAUUUCAAUGGUCCUCCAAUUAAAAUUCCUCCUCCUCGAUUUCUCAAUAAUUCGGGACGGGCCAAGCGCGCAAUAUAUAGGAAGACUGCUGCAUCUAAAAUCAAUGCCAAAUUGAAGAAAGGAAAAGCAAAGAUGGCCCUUUCUGAAAUUAUUGAUGCCGCAAACAAGGCCCCCCAAGUUGUCCAAGAGAAGAGCCUUGUCCAAACGCCGGCUCAACCAAAAAGAAAGUCUAAUGCCCCAGCCGAUGGGGAACGAAAGAGCAAACACAUUCGAGACAGAAUGAAUGCCUUGCAUGGCACUGAACCAUUAUUAAUGGAGAAAAUUACAUACGAACUUCGGUCGAUUUACUCUCAUCGAGUAUGUACCAAAGCAUGCUGUAGUUAUGAAUAUUUUGUUGAAUGGGAUGAUGGCGUACCGGGAACCAAGGAAUGGAUACAUGAAUAUCAAAUUGAUACGGGCGAAAUGUAUUCUAGUUAUUGUCAGGGUGCAUUUGCUCAAGUAUUAGAUAGCAAGUCUUACUUUUUGAAGCUCCAAUGCAAGUUUGCUGAUCGAGUUUCCCAGCAGACGUAUAUCCAGGACCAAGGGUCUAAUUCGUCUAUAGAAAAUAACGAUCUUCCCAAUUGUGGCAAAUCGAGUCAAACAGCUAACGCUAAAGAAAUUUCAUCGCCUCAUAGUCAAGACAAAACUACUAUUCCAUUUAUUCAUAAUGUGACCAAGGAUUCCCUUCUAUUCACAAUACAUCUUCUCAAUGAAGGAAUUGCCGGGAAAGAGGAAAUGGAUGGUACAAGUAUACGGGGGUUAUUUCAAAAACUUAACCGAUUUCAUGCAGCACUUGAAACUUCUCCUCUUGAAUCAAGAACAAUGAAAGCAGCAGUCGAUGUCUGGCCCUCUAUUGCCCUCCUGUUAACGGAUGCAAAGGUGCACGAUGCAAGUGCUCGGCUUCUACAUCAUACGGUUAUGCUUUCCCAUUAUCGCCUUUAUACCUGGGUUUCUGAAUCUAUUGAACGUGUUCUUGAUUAUCCCUCUUCAAAUUGGUGGUCCCGUCUCAUGAGGGCAGUUGCAGAAGUUGUUGAACUGGGCGUUCCGGGAACAUUUCAAUUCGAUUCAUUGGAGUUCUUUCCUGCAAUCGAUCCACCAAAAAGCUAUACUUGGUUAUUCCAGAAAAGGCAGAAUGACCAGCGCACCGCCAAUACUCUCCUUGCAUCCAGAAUCAUCUUCCAUUGGCUUGGUUUGCCUAUGGAAUCGGAUGAUAGGCACCGAGUGCAGUCAUUAUUUCUGAAAUCCAUCAUGGAUUCCUGUAGAACUCCCAGCAUUUUACUACUCGAUGAGAGCUCACUGUCUGUUUAUCGGUCUCUCCACAACCAGCAGUGCUUCAAGUUCAGGAACAUUGGUGCCAUUACCACGAUCUCCAUCUCUCUUGACUGCGCUUCCCGCCAGUUCGUUUACACAAACAUCGGCUCCAACCUCCAACAUCGCAUCGAAUCUGCCUCUGCAAAAUCCCCGCGUUACCUUUUUCCGCAAUUGGCUCCUUGA